AUGGCCGUCGACAUCAAGGAAAAGGGUAAAAUAGGAUGUGCGUAUUACAUUGCGGGCGAGGAGAGGCUUUUGUGCAUGGAAGAGGUCAUUGGCGGUGCUGAAGACGUCGUUGACAAAUUGAAAUUGGACCUUCAACCGACUAUAGUCAUUCUUUCUGUUCGCUCCGACAGCAUAUCAGACUCCGCUGAUACUCGACUACGCCGAAAUGUAUCCCUGGUGGACGGCGAUGACGGCCACCAACCUCUCCCUUACCAAGUUGAGAUCCGGCCAACACCUGAUUUCGAUUACGAAGAUGCCCUGAAUAGGUUAGUCGGCCUCUGUUCGUUCGGUGAGGAUCUUGCCACUCAGUUUCUCGUCCCGGGUGACUCGAUGACCUAUGACGAAAGGCUGCAACCUGAAGAGCUUGGCCUGACAAAGAGACGAGGCAAGAUGAUGCAAAUAUCAUCGUGGUUGGAUCUCGAGAACAAAGUCAGCAUUGGCUGUGCGGGUGCCAUCAUCUCCUGUUUGCAGCGAAGACGAACAGCGGCCUAUCUGCCAGGAGAUCCAGAUGCCAACCAAACCUUCCACAUUACCCGGCUUGAGAUGUUCAAUCUCCGCGGCACUAUGCUCGUUAACAGUGACACCCUUGUCUCGUUGCAAAUCAUCCAGCCAGAAUCUCAUCCCAAUGCCUUCAACCAGGGGCCCGGCGCGUCGGGCGCAAAGGAAUCCCUGUCAAUCUACGGCCUGUUCCAGCACCAUGCGCGAACUCCACAGGGCAAGGUACGGCUACGGCAAGCAUUUCUCAGGCCGUCGAUGGACGUAGUGCUGAUCAAUACCCGGCUCGACUUCAUUUCCAUUUUUGUCAGGCCGGAGAAUCAAUCAACGCGUGAACAGCUCAGCAAGAGCCUCAGUCGGAUCAAAAACAUGCGGAACACCACUACUCUCCUUCGCAAGGGAAUCGAGGGUGGAAAGACGAAGCAAAAUGCAUUCAAAAGCAGUGUGUGGGAGUCUCUUCUAGGUUUCUGCUACCAUGCCAUCGAUGUUGGAGACACCCUCAGAGAGGUCAUCGGAGCGGAGCACCUCCCAUUGUGCGUUCGUGCGGCAGAGGUCCUAGACCGACACAGUCUGAAGAGGGUUGGGCGCAUGGUGAACGAGAUCGUGGACCGCGAGUCAUCCAUCGACCAGCGUCGCACAGUGGUGAAAAGAGGCGUGAACGAAGAACUGGAUCAGGCGAAAGACGUCUACGACGGAAUGGAGGAUAUCCUGAACGAAAAGGCCCGCGACAUCCAACUGACGAUCCCCCAGGACCUCAAUAUGGAAUUGAACGUCACCUAUCUGCCACAUCUGGGCUUCCAUCUCGCCCUGCCCAGGGACCCGGCAACCGGCCAGGCCGUGUGUGACGGGCAAGAAUUGGGAUGGCAGCUCAUGUUCACCACGCCAGCCCAAGUCUACUACAAGGACGCCACGAUGCACGAAAUGGACCAUGAGCUCGGCGACCUAUACUCUACAAUCUGCGACAUGGAGAUCGAAAUUGCGCACGACUUAGCGCAGAACGUGCUGCGGGACGAAGACCUUCUCAUUGCCGCGUCUGAUCUCUGCGGUGAGCUGGACUGCUCAUUGGCCUUUGCCCACGUCGCGCAUCAAUAUCAGUUGAGUCGGCCCACGAUUACAGAGGACAACAUUAUCGAGAUCAAGGGAGGGAGACAUCUGUUGCGGGAGAUGACCGUGCCAUCAUUCGUUGCAAACGACACCUUUCUCGUGGGCGGAAAUGGACAAACUGACUCCGCGGGGCCAAGCAUGAUAUUGUUGACGGGGCCCAACUAUUCAGGCAAAUCUGUCUAUCAGAAGCAGGUUGCUCUGGCAGUCUACAUGGCCCAGAUGGGUUCAUUCCUCCCUGCUGACUCCGCGACCAUUGGUAUUACCGACAAGAUCCUCACCCGUAUCACAGCCCGCGAGACCGUGUCCAAAGCUCAAUCGGCCUUCAUGAUUGAGAUGCAACAGAUUGCCAUUGCCUUGAACUCAUGCACCAGACGAAGCUUGGUCGUGAUCGACGAAUUCGGGAAAGGAACAGACACAUUCGACGGUGCCGGCCUUGCCGCGGGAGUCUUCCACCACCUGCUUUCCCUGGGACAUCAAGCGCCGAAGACGCUGGUUGCCACCCACUUUCACGAAAUCUUCGAGUUGGGUAUGUUCAACCAUGCCAGAAACAUCUCCUUUGCGCACAUGGAGGUCCGAGUUGAUGAAAGGGACAGUCCCUGCGCUGGUAAAGAUCAUACUAGUCAGGUUACCUAUUUGUUUAAUCUCCGCUCGGGCCGAAGUGAUGUGUCCUACGGCGUCCAAUGCGCGGCUAUGAAUGGUGUCCCGGCAGAAAUCGUCGAGCGAGCCGUCGAAAUAGCUCGAUUGGCACAAAGCGGGGAUGAUCUCGUGGCGAUAUGUUCGGCCUUGAAGGAGGAUGAGAUAGAGGAGUUACAGAGCGCGGAGCGUGCGGCCCGCAUGUUUCUGAGCCAGGAUUUUGACCGCGACUGGACAAAGGAGGAAUUGGUGUCUUCUCUUGGCGCCAUGCUGGAAAUUGAUGAUACAGUAGUUACUGAGGAGGAGAACGAGUAG